GCCCCUCGCYCGCAGCGGGCAGACCGCGCCCGGCCAGCUCGGGCGGCCCCUCCGCGGCCAUGCGGCUCCUCGGCGGCGCGUCCUGCGCCCUGCGGACCCUGCUGCUGCUCCUGCUCGCCCGCGGCUCCCGAAAUGAAGCCACAAACAGCACCACACCCCUUACUCUGAUUCCAGGCAAUGGGUCUCCAGACAAUAGCAGUUCAUCCAGUGUCAUUGCAUCAUCCACACAAUCUACAGCAACGUCUACAGGAGGUGCACCCACCAGUACUGCUCAUCUGACCAGUAGCAGUCAGGCCAACACCACCGCUGUGCCUGUGACCCUGACGACUCAGKCCACCAAAACCAGCCCCACAGUAACGCCCACCACAGCCUCACCAGUCACACUGCCACAAACCAACAUCACCGUGGUGACCACGUCUAAGACUUCUUCCACUUCUGUAACAGCCACAUCAAAAUCAGAGGGUGUUGUGACCAAAACUUCCAGAUUCGAUGUGGGCAGUUUUGUAGGUGGCAUUGUGCUGACUCUUGGAGUCCUGGUUGUUCUCUACAUUGGAUGCAAAACUUACCACUCUAGAAGAGGCAUUCAGUACAGAACCAUUGAUGAACAUGAUGCCAUCAUUUAAAGAGACUUCAGGGAAGACAGUGUUGGAAACCCACCCUGUCACAGCUGUUGCAGCUUCUGAAAGAGUUUCUUUCAUAAAGAUGAUCACAGUCUCUAAACCUGUCGUGGGUGUUAUCCUGCAAAAUGUUGAGAAGUUUUUUAAACAUCCUGAUUUUUUUACAUUGGCUUUCAUAAGAGGAACUCAGCACUUUGUAGAGACAGUAUUUUCUUUUUCCAGUGCUUGUAACCAGAUUUAAGGAAAAUCACAUUGAGUUAUUUUAAGGUACACACACAGCUCUCUGAAAUAGCUAAUUGCUAGCACAGGCAAUUGCAUCAGUGCAAUUCUAAGUAAGUUCAGGGGUUCUUUUCUAAAACUUUGUAUUAAACUGUAUUUAUUUUGAAGUUUGAUGUGAACUUUAGUUAAGAAAUUUCAGAUUUUGAAAAACUCAGUUAUUUUUAGUAGGCUAUAAAGGAAGUGUGGUUAGAUAAUUGUAUAGAUGGUGAUAAUGAGUACUCUUAAAUGUCAGUCACUAGCUUGCCAGUGACCUGGCUGUAUAAGGAGAAUAGCUGCAGGAAACAUGGACAGGCUGGAGAUCCCCAUCCAUAACCCUUUUCUCCAAAAGCUGCUUUUUUUCUAGCAUGUCCUAAUCUAGCUUGUGUAACUGAAGAUUUAAUAAAAAUGGAAAA